ACGGCGCUCGCUGACCGCGCCGACGAUGUACGACGACUCUUCGCUUGUCAACAAGCUGGAUUCGGCGGUGCCAGCGCCAUUGGCUGAGUUCGAUGCUUUUUGGACAAGCGAUGGCGCACAAGGAACACUCUGGAAACUUUGUCUGCCCGUCAAGUCAUUCCACAAUCCUGGAAAUCCCGCGGUUUGUGCGCCAAUUUGUUCCGAAGAAACAAGUGCAACUUCAAGCCAACGUCCACACGGCAACGAGUGUAGAGUCUGGGGUUCUCUUCCAAUCUUCACAUCACUCUCUCGGCCAUGGUUAUGCCAGCUAUGAACAUGUAGACCAUGAGCCCUCUUUCACAUCACAGUCUUCUUCCAUUUCCCCGACAUCACCCAAUUAUUGUAGAACUCUUUCGAGUCCACAGACGAACCAUAUCAAUACUUCUUACUCGUCGUCCUGGCAACCUACAUCGCCCUUUUACACCCGCAUAAUGCAGCAUAACCAAGGCGCCCCAGGCAUCUUCUUCAAAUUCGAUUCAGACCCGCUUGCAAUAACACAACACCAAUGA